AAUGUCGGCAUAACCGCAACGUUACCUUUUUCAUGUUUACUGUCAAUUCCUUAUCAUCAGGAGAUAGGAGAAACAGUGAACAUACAGACUCCUGUUGGAAAAUGUCUCAUCUCGAAGGUGGCAAAGUGAGCGCCGCCCUUUUACAGAAACACCUCCAGAAAGAGUUCUUAAGGUUGUUGGAUAAAUGCGAUGGCGAAAAGCUAAUAAUGUGGGACAUGGAGCUGUCCGGUCCGAUGGGCCAGAUAGCGACGAACAAGCUCCUCAAGGAGCACAACGUCAUGAAAAUGCUCAAGUUCACCCCGGGCAAGCUGCCGAUUCCUUCGACGACGAAAAGUGUGAUUUUCAUCGCUCGUGCUGAGGAGCACCUCAUGGACAUAAUCGCCAGCAAUCUGAGAGAGGAGCAACGAUGUGCUAGCGUUUCCAAAGACUUCUAUUUGUUUUUUGUACCAAGAAGGACAAAACUCUGCAUGAUUAGAUUGGAGGAGAAAGGAGUACUGGGCACAUUAAAUGUUGAGGAUCUUGAAUGUGAUAUUUACCCUUUUGACUAUGAUUUACUAUCUAUGGAAGUUGGAAGUGCUUUUAGGGAUUUUUUCCUCGACAAGGACCCAACGUACAUUUACCAGGCUGCUGAAGCCCUCAUGACACUUCAGUCACUGUAUGGUAUGAUCCCCAAAGUUUUAGGAAAAGGGCAAGCUGCCUUCCAGCUGCACAGCCUGAUGAAACGUCUCGCCCAGGAACCACGGACCCCACCACCUUCUGUCUCACAGAUCGACCAACUAGUCCUUAUUGAUCGUUCGGUUGAUCUUAUCAGUCCGCUGGCCACCCAACUCACCUAUGAGGGUCUCAUUGAUGAAAUAUUCAAAAUUAAUUGCACAACUGUCACAUUACCUGCUGAGGAGUUUGAUGAGAGUGACGAUAGGCACAAUGGAAUAAUGGCAGGGACCAAAAAGGUCAUUCUUAAUUCGGGAGAUGAGAUUUAUUCUGACAUCAGGGACAAGAGCUUCAGUGCAAUUGGUCCAUAUUUGGAUAAGAAGACAAAGCACAUAACUAGUACAUUCCGUGAAAAGAUCAGUGCGGAAAAGAGCAUGGACGAGCUGAAAGAGUUUGUGACUAAGCUACCCGAUAUGAAAGCGAGCAAACGCUCCCUUGAAAUCCAUUUAUCUAUUGCUAAGUUAAUUCGUAAAUAUGUUGAUUCGGAUGAGUUCUUAGAGUCACUUAAUCUGGAGCAGUCACUUUUGCUUGGCUCUGACACUGAUAAAGUACAACAACACAUUGAAGACCUUAUAGCACGACAGGCACCACUUUUGAAGGUAUUAAGACUAAUUUGUUUGCAAUCUGGAACAAAUAGCGGCCUUAAACCAAAAGUACUCGAAUAUUACAAAAGAGAGAUCGUCCAAACUUACGGUUUUCAUCAUAUCCUCACUCUCACAAAUCUGGAAGAUUCAGGACUUCUAACCAUACAAAAUUCGAGGAGUUAUUCUACGUUAAGAAGGCUUUUAAAGCUCACUGACGAGGAUGACAGCGAGACAAUGCCCAAUGAUAUCAGCUAUGUACAUAGCAUGUAUGCCCCACUCAGUGUACGGCUGAUUCAAGUUCUGCUGAAGAUAGGUUCUUGGUCUGGUCUGCGAGAUGUUAUGAUGCAAGUACCUGGACCAUUUAUUGACUCUUCACAACCCAUUUCUUCCAGCAAUAAGCGAAGAAACUCGGUAGGAAGUGAAGCAUCUUCGCAGAAUGAUUCUAAAAAAAUUGUGCUUGUCUUCUUCUUAGGAGGGUGUACAUUUGCAGAAAUAUCUGCCUUAAGGUUCAUUGGCCAACAAGAAGAAAAUAAUAUAGAGUUUAUGGUAGCAACGACUAAAAUAAUCAAUGGUAACUCAUUUCUCGAGGAACUUUCAGAACCUUUGGAUCCUUCGACCUAUUAAUUUAUUUAUAUUUCCUUAUAUAAAGUGUCAUUCCAUUAAAUUUGUAAUCAUAUUUUCUGUAUAAUAUUUAU